GUUUCGUUGACAGUUCUCAAUCACACGUGAAUUUAUGAAAUUUAGUCCAUAUUAUCGGUAGGUCGUGAAAUAAAUUGGGAUUUUUCUUUAGUUACUGUUCAAUUACAAUAUCCAGCAAUGUCUAUGAAAGAAGAGAUCAAAAAGCGGUUGCAACAAAAUGAUCAAGACUUCGCUGCCGGUUUAGUUUACGGUAUCAAACUGUGGAAGUCUAAUAAUUUUUACUACAUGUCGAAAUACGAGGUAAUAUUUCAGUUUUUCCUCGACGGUAUCCAGCAGUUCGCGAACCACUUAGCAGAGUUAGGUCAAAAAGAGUUCGACGAUAAGUGGCAGAUUAUAAAUGAAUUUCUGUUGCUUCCCUGUCCAUCGAAUGCACUUCCACCGAGUAUUAUUCAAAAACUUCAGAAAGUUUUCUCAAAACUCGAUAGCAACAUGCCUUCGAUAAGACCCAGAGCUUUUCUGGAAAGUUGUCUAAUUGUGGCAUUUAAUAUCAAGUAUAAAAAUUUCUACAAAUUUGACUAUAUGAGUUACGGAAAAGUUUUGCAGAUAACGCUUAGUUACUAUCUAAAGUACCUUGAGCAUUCCUUCAACAAGAAUGAGGAAGAGAAAACCAUUCGAUUAAUUUCAGAUGACAUACGAAUCUAUGUUAAAUCAGCUGGCGACGAUGAGAACUGGAGGGCGGCCUUCACUCUUGUGCUUCCAAGUUUAUGUGAAGUUAGUCUCCGUUUGAAAAGUCAUGGUUUAGAUUGUCAGGAAAAUCUGCUGGAACUGUUAAAACAAGUCUAUUUUCAAGAUGGAAAUGGCUCGAAAUAUAACAGAGUGCUGGACCAAAGCAGAAAACAUCUCCUAAUGAACUAUUUUGAAACGGACCAACUUCCCGUUCACGUAAUUGCCCUACUAAUUGAAGGUUACCUGAGAGCUUAUCGUGAAACCAAGCUGGAUAUAUUGUUGUUCCUUAAAUACAUUUUGCUGUACGUUUUUGUCGAACCGGAAAAAUCGAUCGUAUUGGAUAUUCAUCAGAUUUUUCAACUCACAAGCUAUGUGUUUCAUCUAAUGAAGAAAUACUUUAUCAAAGUCGACCAGAAGCUGGUAGAGGAUUUCGAUUUUACCGGGAUCAUAACCGUUAAAUUGAAGACAUUCCUGGAAAAGUAUGGUUCAUCAGAAUCCUGCCUGGGGGAUCUAUUUUCAUUGAUCUGCGGAAUAAACGAAUAUAAUCCAUUGAUUUUGGAGACGAUUAUAAUUGACAUCAUUUUGCGAACGAUGUUCAUCAAGAAAGGACCGCAAACAUUGGAAAGAUACCAAGCUGUGAUUGUCUCAACCAUCGAAUCAUAUGUCAAAUUGAACCGAAGCGAAAAUUUUCGAGAGGAACUUUUCCUUAAACUGGAUGAUUACCUGGACGAUCAUGAUCUGGGUGAGCAAUUAAAGCAGUUGAGGAAUCCAACCAAUAAGAGGAAGUCUGGUCUCGACGAAGAAACUCCCGCGAAGCGCAGAAUACUAGAGAACGGAGAGGUGGCCGGAACUGAUUCGAUGGAGUGCGAAUAUUUUUUCAAAUUGUUACUGCCGUCUCAGAAAGAGAGUUCGACUAAGAUCGUUCGUCUGCAGCUGCAGGAUCAAUGGAAAUCACUAUCGUUUGCGUGGCCAGAUGCAAACGGUGUUCUGAGUCAAUCAAUGCUGGAUUAUGUUAAAGGACUUUUGACAAAACGAAGUUUUGUUUAUUGGCGUAAAAUGCAGGAAUAUUUGGCGGAAAUACUUGAGUCGAUUGCAGAAGAGCAAUGUGAGAAGGAAUUUUUCAAAUUGGAGCUUGCUGUUUGUUGGUUGUGUUACUUUUUCGCUGGGAAUACUCUCAUUGAGCAGACAAACCUCUUCUGGGAUAAGUUAGAUCGACAAUUUAAGGAAUUUGACGAAGUGAUGUGUAACUAUGGGAAGCUAUUGAUCGAUGGAAGUAUUAGAGAUUCUCGGGUUUUUGGAUCCUACAUGAAGCUAGUCUAUUUUUAUGGCAACUAUCGGCUACUGGUCCAUUACUACAGACCGGAUUCUAUAGAAACCAGUGAUAACCAUUUAAUUUACCAGUUUCUUACCGCGGAUGAGUGGAAACAGCUAGAGGAACAGAUUCCUCCAAGUGAGCGAAUUCUUCUGAACCGGAUACAUCUACAGAGGAUAAGAGUUUCGCAACUGACAAGUGUCUCACCGGAAGAAGAUCUGGAAGAGCUAACACAGAAGAUUCUAGCACCAACUGAAUUCAAUCAACUGCGAUGGCUCUUGCAGGAUCGAGCAACGAUUGUCUGGUUCAUGCAGCAGCUUAGUUUGGAGCAGAAGACGUCCGUUGUUCAGCAGCUACUGGUUAACGAUUGUUUCGAGGAAUUUAAGCACAUCAUAGAUCAACUGGGAGACGAUACCGCUUUGAUGGAGGUGAUCCUGCUCUCUGUGUACAAACGAAUAGUUGAAGGCAUUCUCGUUGAAAGUAACUGCUCAGUGGCUAAACAUUUCUCAUUCGAGCGAAUCUUCGAGUUUCAAGAGCUGAAAACAAUGAGCCGGAUUCGAAAACUUCUGGAUAAACGCGCCGAAACACAAACUGAAGAAGCGAAUAUCGGUGAUGUACCGCAGCUGUUAAAAUUGUUAAAAGUUUUGGAUCAAAUCCGAAUAGACGAAGUGUCCCCGGAACGGAAAACAAUCAUUGUCGGAAUUAACAUACUGAUCUUUGCUGAUUUACAUAACUGUGGAGGUCGUGAAGUUGUGGAUCUUCAGAGGAAUGUUCUCAGCAAGCAAUUAACAUUUGGAACAGUACCAAAUCUGUUUAAGUUUUUGGAUGUGCAGACACUUAUUGCAAUUUUUGGUCAAUCAUCGUCGCUGAUUGUUGCUCUUCUCCGCCAAACGGUCAUAAAUAUUACCGAAGAUGCACUCGAAUGUUUCAAGUCUAUUUUGGAGCACUUUUUGCAGCAACCGGAUACGGAUUUCCAACUGAUUUUGCUGGUAUUCAACUGUCUUCAGAAGAAUAAUGCCAACCGGAAAAAGCUGAUUCCCUCGGAACAGUUUAACGAAUUGCUUUCAAAGUACAUUUGUGCUAUUGACGAGUAUUUAGCUGGAAGGGCGAUCAAGAAGCUAAGAAAAUGUGAUCCAGAUUGUUUCAGCGCCUGUCUCAAGGGAUGUUCUCUUGUAAUUCGCUAUAAAGCUGUCAACAAGAAGGAACUAUCCGAUGAGCAACGGGAAAUGUUUCUAUGCUAUUUGGAUCAAGCGCUGAAAGCCGACAGCCAAUCGUCAAGUGCUCUGCUAACUAAUGCGCUCCAACACAAAGACUAUCUGAAGCUGGAACCAGAACGAAUCGAACAAAUCGUCGAAAGCCGUUGGGCCGGCUUUCUGUUGCAGUUACGAAAUGAAACCAAAGAAUGUAAAGAGAGCUCCAGUCCAUGUAUAAACGACGACGCCGAUAUUGAUGCACAUCUACAUUCACAACACGUGAAAAUCUUCGCUACCUUUUUGACGCACCACGAUACUGCCGAUAGGUUUACCGAGCGAUUAAAUCAGUUGGAAAGAGAAACGACCGUGGAUGGCAGCUACAGCACGAAAAAAUUCGUCCUGAGAGUUUACACUACAUUUGCCAAACACGCAUUUGCCUCGGGAGUUUCUCAGGAUGUGGAGAAAGCAUUCGUGAGGUCUUUUGGCAACAUUCUAGUAAACGAUGUGCUACCGUUAUGUGUCUUAAAAAAGUUUUUUGAAGACUUAUCUUGCCUGGAAGAGAUCAUAAACUGUUUUUCCGUGAUUGUUGCUAAUCCAAAGCUAACGCUAGUACCAGUCAUUAUGGACAAUAUGAUAAAUUUCCUUGCAAGUAUCAACAUCAAAAAGUACACAGUCGUGGAUGGCGAGGAGAAAACCUUCUAUCAGCUCCAUCGAUCGAUAAGCGAUGUGCUAUAUUUGUUGAUGAUCACAAGACCCAACUAUGUGAUAAACCGAUUGCCACACUAUUUUUGGGUAUUCAACCAACUGAUAGCAGCAAUUAUCAGCUACAAAGAGGGGCGGCCAGCAGAUUGUCCACUGAACAGUUUCGAAAUCUUAACGCUAUCGGAUCUUCUGUUGCCCCUGGAAAAAAUCAUGUCGCUUGCCAAUAAGAAGGUCGAAACGGAUAUUCGUAUAUUGGCACCGUACAUUCUAAUGCAGAUCAUUAGCUUCAUCGUUCAGAGCAAACGUUCGACUACGUUGCAUGAGAAGAUUUCGAGAACCGUGUACAACAUCUGCUAUGAGCUUAUUGCAAUGUAUGAUAAGCACUCUUCUGGAUACAUUUUGCGGACGAGCGAUGAGGCGUCGAAGAAUGUGUAUACAGACAUUGUAAAAAAUUUCAGAAAAUAUCGAUCAUUCAAGGGGAAAAUAUAGAUAAUUGUACAGUAAAUAGUGGUUCUAUCCUCUUGUCUCUCGUUUAUUCAUAUACUUAAAAUCUGUACUAAAAUUUACAAGAGAAGAAGAAGAGAGAACUGCGAAAUUUAUCGACCUAUAACUGAGUUUUGGAAAAUGGCGGUGGUUUUUCGUCACCCUAAAAUAUUACAUAGUCCUCGUUUUGUACAGACUAAAGCCAAAUUUACACCUUUCCGAUUCGAUUCAGUGAUCCAAGCAUUCGCACUUGUCCGGGAUGGUGCCGUGCCGGACAAGUGUGAAUGGUCGCAUUUGAAUUGUAUGAAAGAAUAUUGGUGUCCGUGCACGGUACUGAAACAGAUCGGA